AUGCACUUCACCACCUUCACCACCGUCAGCGUCCUCGCUCUCGCCUCCUCCGCUCUCGCCGGCAAGGCCGCAGUCAAGAACAACUGCCCCCAAGACGUCUUCCUCACCAUCACCCGCAGCGACCAAUCCCACACCCAGCAAAAGCUUGCCGCCAACGGAGGCUACUACAGCGAGCAACUGUCUGGCCAAGGCAACAGCUACGGCCUCACCAAGAACAGCGACUACUACUCUGCCAACACCGCCAAGCUGAUUUGGGGUGCCUCUGACAGUGCUGGCGUUGUCUACUACUCGCUGAACAAUGUUGAUGGCAACCCCUUCGAUGGUCAGAAGGUUGCCGUUACUGGAACUCAGCCUAACUGCCCUGCUGUCAAUGGUGCUGACGGUAGCACUAAGGCUUGCUCUAACAGCAACGACUUUACCCUUACUGUCUGCUAG